AUGGCACACUCUCUCAUGGUGCCUGAAGUGAUCUCUUUGAUCGAUUCACGCUUGGGUUGGGGUUUAACCUUCGUCGGUAUCGUUGUUGCCCAUGUGAUAAUCCGGCGAUACGCAAGCCCAAUCAAGAAUAUUCCUGGUCCAUUCUGGGCGUCUUUCUCCAGUUUGUGGGUAGUAUAUCAGCUAUGGAAAGGCCGCAUUGAAACAGAGAUUUUCAAUCUUCACAAGAAGCAUGGUAUCAAAGUCGAGCCUUCGAAUAUGAGUUUCGACCGUCUGAUAAUUUACGUGGACCCUCAACGACACAAAGAGAUGAGCCGAAACGUUGCUGCAGGCUAUGCUCUUUCUAAUAUCAUAAGUUCUGAGCCGCAUGUUGAUGCUGUCAUGGAGCUUUUCAUCAACCAUCUCAAUCAGCACUGCGAUUCAAGCACUCCAAUUGAGCUCAAUCGUUGGUUCACUUUUUUUGCAUUUGAUGUGGUCGGUGAGGUCACUUUCUCGAAAUCAUUUGGCUUCAUCGAGACUGGCACAGAUAUCAGGGACGCUAUCGCAAACACGCGAGCCUUAGCCCUGUAUAUCAGCGCUAUGGGACAUUAUACUUGGCUUCAUAAUAUGACGCUAGUUAACCCGCUGAUCAGUCGGUUAGGAAUUCAGCCUUCUUCGCAUGUCUUUGAUACUUGUCUUGUUGCAAUCAAUGGCCGCAAAGAAAAUCCCGAGGUUCGAAAAGAUAUGAUGCAGCAAUGGCUAGAGACUCGUGCCAAGUAUCCCGACAGAAUGAAAGAAAACGAAAUCUUCUCCGCCGCAGUCGCCAAUGUUGGUGCCGGGUCAGAUACAGUUAGCGCUACAAUGCAAGCUCUUUUCUACUGGCUUAUCCGUUCCCCUCAACACCUUCACCGGCUACGGGAGGAGCUUGACGCUGCCCAGACUCGUGGAGAACUAUCGCCUAUUGUUCAGUAUAAUGAAGCGCAAAAGUUGACGUUCCUUCAGGCUUGCAUCAAAGAGACGUACCGAUUCCAACCUGGAGUUCCUAGUUGCCUGCCUCGUGUCGUGCCCCAGGGUGGAAUGACCAUUGGAGGCACGUACUUCGCCGAGGGUGUUAUUUUGAGCGUCAACCCUUGGAUUUUCCACAGGAACCCUGCACUGUUCGGUGAAGACUGCGACACUUUCAACCCGGACCGCUGGCUUCAGGGAAACACAAAGGACAUGGAUUCCUUUCUUAUUCAUUGGGGAAGUGGAUAUAGGCAGUGCCCAGGGCGCAAUCUCGCUCAUUUUGAAAUCGGCAAGCUUGCCGCCACUCUGAUUCGGGACUUCGAGUUCGAGCAAGUCGACCCCAAGAAAGAGUGGGAGUGGGCCAAUCAUUUUACAAUUAAUCCGUGGGGAUGGCCGUGCAACAUCCGCCGUCGGUCCAGUGCUUGUUGA